GUUCCUACCCGGAUGAUGCAUUUAAAGCACGCACACGUCAGGAGACUGUUUCCUCUAAGAUGGCGCCGGCCCUGGUGGAGCAUGUUGUCGCGGAUGCUGGAGCGUUUUUAAAGAAAGCUCCGCUGCAGGAAUUCGGCCAGAACAUCUACACUCUGAGAGAGGUUCUGGAUGAGAUCAGAGACAGAGCCACCAGGAGGAGCCUGGCCUUUCUGCCAUACCAGCUCACCUUCAAGGAGCCACAUCCAGAACACAUCAAAACCGUGACGGACUUCUCCAAGAAGACCGGAGACUACCCGAGCCUGUCAGCUACCGACAUCAAAGUCCUGGCUCUGACCUACCAGCUGGAGCUGGAGCAUGUCGGAUCACAGCACCUAAAAACAGAACCAGAGCUUAAGAUGAAAAUUCAGAGCACACAGCGUCACCCAGAGGCUCCAGUUAACAUUGCAGGGUUCCACUUUCCCUCCAAGAGGUCUGCAGACGCUCCGAACGUCGGACAUACCCAGACAGAGACGGAAACAUCCAACCAGUCGGACCAGUUCAACAGCUUCCAGUUCUGGAGGGAUCCCCUGCCAAGCAUCCAUGGAGACCUGAUGGAUUUGCUGGGUCCAACAGAGUCUCUGAAGGCCGAUGUCAAACAGACGGACACACAGGUGUCCUCCCAGACAGCCGAACACUUCAACAGCUUCCAGUUCUGGAGAGAUCCACUGCCCAGCAUCGACGAUGACCUGUUGGCUUUACUGGAUGUGGGUGGAGUCUCACCACAGAUGGAGGAGAGGGCGGGGCUGCCAGUGGACCAAUCAGACAACGAGGAUAAAGAGAACGAACCUGAGGAGGAGGAGGAGGAUGGUGGUGGUGGAGGCUGGAUCACUCCCAGCAACAUCAAACAGGUGAAGAUGGAGUCAGCUGAUUGGACAGAACCGGUUGAUGUCAGAGUGGGGUGUCUGACCACUGACUUCGCCAUGCAGAACGUUCUGAUCCAGAUGGGCCUUCAUGUUCUGUCUGUGAACGGCUUGGUGAUCAAACAGGCCAGGAACUACAUCCUGAGGUGUCACGCCUGCUUCAAGACGACCAGCAACAUGAACAAGGCUUUCUGCCCUCACUGUGGGAACCAAACCCUGAAGAAGCUGGCAGUGACCAUCAACGAUGACGGCAGCAUCCAGAUGCAUUUCUCCAAAAACCCGAAAGUGCUGAACCCCCGAGGGCUGCGGCACUCUCUGCCGCUGCCUCAGGGUGGGAAGCACGGCAACAACCCCCAUCUAGUGGAGGACCAGCGUUUCCCCCAGCAGCGGCUCUCCAGGAAAGCCCGGCAGAAGACAAACGUCUUUGACCCGAAUUACCUGGCUGGAGUGUCUCCGUUCUGCGAGAACGACAUCUACAGCCGUGCCGCCAACCUGCAGAUCAGAGACGGGCAGUGUGGCGGCGGCAGAAGACGGGCCAACCCCAACGCUGUCCGCAGGAAGUUUGUCAAGAAGUGAUGAAGUCAUCGUCGACUGUUUCAUGUUCACUGUGACUCUGCCUCGUUACGGACGGAACCAGGAACAGAAGCACAGUACUGGAUAGUUUGGAACCAGCUGAUGUGACCUAAUAAACCUUUAACCAACCAGUCAGUCUGGAGGUAAAGGAGCUAUAUAAUUACUAAAUAUAAUAGAAACAGUUCUGUUCACAGUAAAACACCCCAGGUCCAAUUCCACAGAUCUCCAGGCUUCCUGAAGGCCUUUCGGGGUUUUUUGGACUGUAUCAGUAAAGAACCUGAUCAUUCAAACAGAAUUUGGUGGAACUGUCCGUUUUUGUCUUUAGAAUAAAGGUUCUGUUCAUAAUUUCAAAGCUCUGACUGAACUACAUUUAUUAGUAUUGAACUGUCUCUGUUUUAAUUAACAUCUGCCUUUAGUUUUCUUCUAGAACUUUGAUCAGGACUCUGGAACAGCAGAUGCUGGAUCUCAGGACUUUACUGUCUGAAUAAAAGCUUUAUUAAUAUUGGAA